UUCCAUCACGUGACAGUGCGUUCGUCUCGCGCCUGCCUUCGCGUUCGGGGCCUCGCACAGUACACUGCCGUACUUACGUUAUGGAUACUAGUACACUGGACUGGUUUUCGUGGUAAUGUGAACGUCAAGAUGAUCAUACAGACCAGAUGACUUGACGACAGCACUAAGCAAAAAACAACGGGGAGAGACCCAAUGCGAUUUCGCCAAGAUUACCUUACUUUCCACUGUUUCCAGACUCCCUGAAAUAUUCACGACUUGGGCCCAGUGAACAAUGCCCGUGGAAGUCAUUGAGCUCCUUUCGAGCUCUCCGCCGCCAGAAACAGCGAGGCAAUCAUCGUUGCCACGUGCAACGACUCCUGAAGCCGCGCAACUGGAUUCUGACGAUCUCUUUCCGCCUGUGACAUCGCCUCCCCGCAACAGCAUCCCGGACAAGUCAGGGUCGUACUCGAAGCCAGCCACCUCCAAUAAAGCGGACGAUAUUUGGCUCGUUUCGGACGAUGAGCUCGGCCCUCCCAGCCUUGCAGCAGGCGCGGGCCCAGCAGGAGGCCCAGUAACUGAGGGGUCUAUUGAAUCUAUUCCUAAAAGACGCCGACUGGACUCAUUCGGCAGAAGCAGCGCUAUUUCAGGCAGCCUGCCAGCAAAAUCUGGCCCUGGCAUUGGGAGACAACCUGUGCAAGUAUAUGGACAUAGCCGCGCAAACACGACCUCUGGCCGGCUUCCACACAGUGGCCCUUCCCGAGCGGAUGCCGCACCUACCAAGACCCAGGGAGACCAGUUCGACCAUGAUCCCUUGGCCAGUUCGCCGCCACCCGUUACUGUAAUAGAUCUAUCAGUGGUCGAGAGCCAACUUCCCGGCCUGUCGCCAGGACUGGAAGAUGAUCCUUUUGCCAGCUCUUCCCCUCUGCACAGGGAGGCCAGCAAGCCCGCGAAGACCAGCGCUGCGCAUGUCAUCGAAGACAUAGACCCCUUUGUCUCCAGCUCCCCCCAACCCCGGGGGUGUUCCGCGGUGACAGCUCAGUCGGGCGCGCCGUGGGAUCCCAUAUCGAGCUCUGCUCCCCUUCCUGCGACGGGCGACCAGAAGCCGUCGUACCCAUCAAGGACUCUUAGGAAAACCCAGUCAGAAGUCAUCGCUCUGGAUGACUCUGAGGAUGACUGCAUUUUCCAGCCGGACUCUGACGACGAUUUUCCUGGCAUCAAUGAAUUGGCCACAUCAAAAGAGAGAUUCAAGUCUCUAGCAGGAGUGCGCCUGCCGCUUAGGUCACCGAAGCAGUCCAGAAAAGCAAAGCCGCCGACAGCGAAAAGGCCAGACACAGCUGAGGCGAAGACGAUGGCGUUGGAACGCGCGAAGGAGAAGGAGGAAAAGGCCGCUGCUCGAGAAGCGGAGAAGGAGCGCAAGAGGUUAGAAAAAGAACGUGCGAAGGAAGAGAAGGCCCAGGAAAAGGCGAGAUCAGCUGCCCUGGCGGAGGUCAACAAGAUCCGGACAGACAAAAAGGUGUCGACACCAGAAAUGAUCGUUGACCUCCCGGCUACCCUUGACGACACUACCAAGCUCCAGGCCGAGACCCUCCUCCGCGAUAUUGAAGUCCACUCCACCUCUUGGACAAGCCCGGUGGAUAAGGUCGUCAAAUGGCGCCGAAAGGUCCGCUCCCGGUACAACGACGAGCUGGGCCACUGGGAGCCGGUCCCGGAGCGGAUUGAGCGCGAGAACUACGCCAUGGUCGUCAUACCGGCAUCCCAGUUUGUCGACCUGGUCCUCGGCGAAGAAAACGCCAGUCUCGGAUCGCACGUCCUCCGCAUGAAGCGCCACUUCCCCAAUGACACCAUCAUCUACCUUAUCGAAGGCCUUACCAUCUGGCUCCGCAAGAACCGCAACCUCCGCAAGAACCGCAACCUCCGCAACCGUCAAUUUGUCUCCGCUGUCCGCAACGGCCUCGAUCCAGCAGCCGAGGAAGCCCCCCGAGGCUCCCAAGGCUGCAGCAACCCCCGCCGCCGCAAACCCAACUCCUCCUCCAACCCGCAAACGUACAUAGACGAAGAGACCAUCGAAGAUGCCCUCCUGCAACUGCAAGUCUUGCACGGCGUGCUCAUCCACCACACCUCCAUCCCCGUCGAGACGGCUCGUUGGAUUGCCGUGUUCACGCAGCACAUCAGCACGGUGCCGUACCGGCGGCAGCGCGACGCGGCCAACGACGCCGGCUUCUGCAUGGAGUCAGGCCAGGUGCGCACCGGGGACGGGCCGCGCGACACGUACGUGCGCAUGCUGCAGGAGAUUGGGCGCGUCACGGCGCCCAUCGCGUACGGCAUCGCGGCCGAAUUUGGGACGGUGGCCGGCUUAGUCAAGGGUCUGGAGGCUGGCGGGCCGCUGACGCUGGAGAGGGUGCGCAAGAGCGUCAACAAAGAGGGCGAGGUAAGCGAUCGGGUCGUUGGGCAGGCUGUCAGUAAGAGGGUGUAUAAGAUCUUCACGGGGAGGGAUGAGACAAGCACGGAUAUCUAGGUAGGUAGGUAGGUUGGUAGGCAUAUUUACGGGGUAGGGGACAGGGUCAACUCUGGCGCUGAUAGAAGCUUACACCUGAUCGAAGGUUUCAGAUGUAAUGUACAACAACUGUCUCUCAAAUGAUUACAGGGGAUUUAGAUGUCUAAUAUUAGCAGCCCCAAUUUAUCCGCGGCUUUCGUUGCGAGAUGAUGAAUAUAGCUUCCUAGGCAUCGCGGGGUC